AUGAGCCGUAGCAGAGCUUGCAGCUGGGCCGAGAAGACGGCCACUGCCUCCCUGUGGGGCUGUGAGCUGAACCAGGACGAGCAGACUUGGACCUUCCGAAGCCAGGGCCAGGGGAAGCAGGACUGCCAGCUGGUGCUGAACACGAUCUGCUUGGGGGAAAACGCCAAAGAGGAGAUGAACCUCGUGGAUAUCGUGCAAGGGAGCAAAGAAGACAGGAAGGCCAAGCCCAUCACCAUUGCUUCUCUUCAGCCCUCGGUGCUGCCCACGGUUGUCAUGCCAGAGCUGGUGCUUUCUCCUCCAAUCACCUUUCAGCUUCGGGCUGGCUCUGGACCGGUGUUCAUUAGUGGCCUGGAGCGUUAUGACACUGAAGACAGAUCCUGGCAAGAAGAGGAACAAGAGGAAGAAGAAGAGGGGGAAGAGGAGGAGGAGGGGGAAGAGGAGGAAGAUGAUGAGGAAGAUGAGGAUAUCGAGGUGUCCCUAGAAGACUCCCCUGUAAAACGCAGCAAGAGGCCAGCAAUGCAGAAGCAGCUCAGUGUGGCUAAGAAGAAGAAGAUGGACAGUGAUGAGGAGGCAUCGAGAUCCAAGGACAAGAGCCCUGUGAAAAAGGAGCAACCUUCUUGCUCGCUGCAGUAA